AUGCCACUCUUCCAGCGUAUCGUACACGCGGCGGCACCACCGUCUCACGUUGUCGGGCUACGGCGACGUUGUUUUUGCCUUUUCACACGACGCCAAAUGAUGGGCAACGGCCCUUACGGUGGAGAGAACAUUAUUCAUAGCCGUCGCCUUAUCAGCAGCAGCAGUAACAAUGGUAGUGGUAUUGGCAUUGUUGGUGCUGGUGGCGGAAGGAGCAUCAGCGGGACCAGGGACGGUGGCAGGCGCAGAGGUGAUCUCGUGACGGGAAAUUCACCGCCGCCACGCCCUCCACCGACAUCUCCGGCGGCAACACCGGGUGGUGUGCAGUACGGUGUGAGGCGGCAGGAGGAGAUGGAUGCGGGGGAGCGUCGACGUCGAACGGAGCAACGCGCCACCGAUGCGCAGAGACGCGGUGAGGAGCCCGUGGGUGCCGCAGCCGCGUCUGAAAUGGAGCGCUGGUGGCCAAAAGAGAACCAAAACUGGUCGGGUCGUAUGUUUUCAUCCCCGUUUGACAAGAAUAAAAGGAAGCUGGACGGCAUGUUUGUGCCGGAGGUAAAAGAAGUGCCGAGUCCUACACGGCCGCUUGAAGUGAGCUACGCGGAGGACAACUUUUUUGUCAAUCCCGACUUCCACAUGGCAGACGAGGUGUUCGAUGAGGCACGCCGCUUUGUCCCCCCACCGAGCUUUGAUCCCGCCAUUGACGAGAUUGAUGAUGAGGGCUUUGUGGAUGGACAGGUGAUGUUUGACAUCCAAAAGGCAUUGGAAGAAGACAAGAAACGUCUGGAGGCCUUUGGGAACCCAAUUCUUGUUGAAGAUCAGGUGGAUUACCUCCUCGAGCCGCAACGUGAGGGAAUGGAAAAUAUGCAGCAACGACAAGAGUUUAACGGCUUUGUGCAUUGGGGCCUUCUCCAUGGUGCCCACAUGAUACUUGAGGAGAAUCAUGACUACAAGAAGGCGCACGAGUUUGUGAACCGCUACAUGCGAGACAUUGACAUGUUUCAGAAGUGGCUGGAGCACCCAAAGGUGCGGGCACAUAUUGAGAAGAAAUUUGGUAUCGACAUGCACGCCAAAUUUGAUAAACUCAUGGCACUUGUCAUGGCAAUGUACGCAAGAUCCAAAAUUCAAGUGUAUGAAGACGAUCCGGCUGGAGCACUGAAGUCUUUGACAGCCUGCAUGGGAUUCAUCAGUGAGGGUGCAGAUCUGAAAAAAGAGCGGCAUCGUAAGGCCAUUGGCGCCGUUCUUGCGGCACGCGGAAUGGUUUACUGCAAGCUGAAAUCGUAUGAACGUGCGGACGAUGAUAUCACAAGGGCGCUUUCAUUUGUGAAUCAAAAACGGUGCGCCACACUUUUUCAGCUGCGGGCGGAGGCACGGGAGGCACUUGGGCGCAUUGAGGAUGCCCGCCUAGACGAGGAGCGGGCGGCAGAGAUUUGGGAGAACGCCGAAGUGAUCUCCCCUGGCAUGGACGGAAAGCCAUACAAGUUUGUUCUGUAA